CCGCCAUCAUUUAAAUACAGAUCAGUUUUCUCCAGGUGUGCUGCACGAGCUGUCUGCAGCGCGAGGAGCUGACGCUCACAGACACACAGACUGACACACAGACUGACACACAGACUGACGGCGCAAAGGGUUUUAAUGUGGGACGGGGAAGUGAGCGGGACUUGACUGAGCAGCAGCAGAGACCACCAACACUUCUGCUGGAGCGCUAAACGGAAGGCACGCGCUGUUCCCGCGAACUCACGCCGAGGCGUCAGCAGCUUCACGCGCUCCGCUCAGCUGAGCCGGUUCGCAGGAAAUCGAAACGCACGCGCUGGGUUGAUAAGCCGUCAGAGGAGCCGAGAGUAAACAGAGUGGAGAAACCGCACGCGGGGGACGGAGAAGAAGACUGAGCAGUUUCCACGAAGCGGACAUCAUGAAAACGGUCACCGAGCGGCUCCGGUUUUUCAUACUCAUGCUGUGUCUCCACACCGGAGCUUUAGUUGACUCCUCUUCUCUUUCCUCCGCCAUGCUGUCCAUCUCCUACAUGGCGGGGGACCAGGCGAUCCUUCCCUGCAGCUGGAAGUCCCACCUGGGUGAGGCGGCUCUGCCCGUCUGCCACGUCCAGUGGGUGACCUUGUCCGACACGGUGUUCGAACAGCGCGGGGACGAGAAGUGGCAGGCGCCGGAGUUUGAGGGCCGGGUGAGGGUGCCCGAGGAGAAGCUGGGGUCGGGGAAUUGUUCCCUGAUCAUCAGCGACGUUCAGCUCGGAGACACGGGGCGCUACGACAGCUUCAUGGUGGUGGAUGGAAAGAGGUCCGCAAGAACUCGGGUCUUCAUUCAGGGCGUCAGGCUGCUUGUGGGCGAUCAUAAAUCCUCUCAGUUCCAUCAGCCGGGCGAGGACAUGAUCCUGCAGCUCUACACCCGUCACUCAGUCAGAGUGGUCUUCCAGGCCAGAAACGACUCGGCGUGGUCGGACCUGUGGAUGAGGGGCGAUAACAACAGUCAGCGCCUGGAGAAACACCUGCUGCUCGAGCAGCUGACGGUGAAGAGGUUAAAACCAUCAGAUGAAGGAAUCUACAAAGUCCUGGACCAACAUGGCCUCGCCGUCAGCACCGUGCAGCUCUCUGUGGAUGCACAAGCCCGUCCUGACCGGAGAGUCCAGGAGAAGCUGGAGUACGUUCCCACAGAUGUUGCUGCCAAAAGCAGCUGUUCAGCUCUUCUCACCCUGGCGGUUCUCGUCCUGAGUUUCCAAACUCUUCAGCUUCUCUGAGUUUCUUCUGCACGAGCUGCACACGUGACUCCUGCACAUUACAGGCAGCAGAUGGUGACAGUCACGUGUGUGUGUGUGUGUGUGUGUGUGUGUGUGUGUGUGUGUGUGUGUUGCCCGGUCUUCAGAAUGAGUGUGAUAAGAAAACAGUGUGUUCAUUUUUUGACCCUCAAUCAUCGGCCGGCUUCGUAGAAACGCAGCCGCGGCUCAGACUGCGACGCAGGUUUGUUCUUAGGUGUAGAUUGACACUACGAUGGAUGGAAACCUGCAGCCUGCCUCUGUUUGUUCACUUCUAAAUAAGCCGCGCUGCGAUCCUGAUAAGGCGUCAUUUACAAAAGGCACCUUUUAGGUUGCCAGAUUUGAGAAAAUCCUCCUCCAUCAUGACUCUUUGCCUUUUUAGCUCUUUAUUUCAUUAUGGAGACCCCUGCAGUGAAGUGAUCACCUCUGUGCUAGAGAAGCACCAGACCUCGUCACCACGGAAACCACUGCCGAUCCAACGGAGACACAGAUGGAACAGUUUCACUCAUUUUGCUCGGAAAAUGAGUGAAAGAUUCAAAACAACAUGUCAACGAAUCAGAGAAACUCUGACCUGUUUCACCAAAACUUCUCCGCACAAAACAGUCAAACAGCUCCGUGUGAACGUCUGCAUCUGCAGAUCCCAUUAGUAAUGACAGCACCACCACAUACACUGUAAAAGUCCUCGGAGCUCUAAAACACUCAGAAGACGAGCAGAAAAUGACCUGAAACGUUUAUGUUUGGGUCUCCUUCACUGACCGUGGGAAAUCAGCACUUUCCUGCCCAGGGGUCAGAGUUUAUUGGGGGGGGGGGAUCACCGUGAUAAAGAGGUAAAUGAAUGAGGCAAAGUGUGAUGACGGAGGGCGGAGCACAUCAGCAGCUCAUUAACCUUUUGGAAAUGGUGCCUUAUGAGGAAGUGACUGCUCCGGCCGAGGAUUUCAACAGUUAAGAAUGUAAAGAGAGAUAUAUGUAAUAUAUACGAUAUAUUUUGUUAAAUGUACUAAAUGGACAAAAAGCACUGUCAGAUUCAUCUAUGUGAGAAGAGUGUCUGCGCACAAAGGGCGGAGCCACUGCAGAUCAGUCAGAUAAAUCCAGAGAAGAUGAAAACGUUUUCAAUGAAAGUAUUACGUUUAGAAUAAAACUCGUUACAU